UCCUGGCCUCUGUUACUCAGACUGCUUGUCCCUAUUCGCCGCAUCUUCUUCACGACUUAUCCUUUGCCUAUAGAACAUUACAUUUUAAUUAGAAAAGAGGAAAAUUCUUCUAAUCUGCACAAAGUACCGACCUCUGACCUUUCUCCACAAGGACAAAGAUGGUUUCACCCAAAUAUCACUGGCGUGGAGGCCGAAAACCUACUGUUGACAAGAGGAGUUGAUGGUAGUUUUUUGGCAAGGCCCAGUAAAAGUAACCCCGGAGACUUCACACUUUCCGUUAGAAGAAAUGGAGCUGUCACCCACAUCAAGAUUCAGAACACGGGUGACUACUACGACCUGUAUGGUGGGGAGAAGUUUGCCACCUUGGCUGAGCUGGUUCAGUACUACAUGGAGCAUCAUGGGCAGUUAAAAGAGAAGAACGGAGAUGUUAUUGAGCUCAAGUAUCCUCUGAACUGCGCGGAUCCCACCUCUGAAAGGUGGUUUCAUGGACACCUCUCUGGGAAGGAAGCAGAGAAGUUACUAACUGAAAAAGGAAAACAUGGUAGCUUUCUGGUACGUGAGAGCCAGAGCCACCCUGGAGAUUUUGUUCUCUCUGUCCGAACUGGCGAUGACAAAGGGGAGAGCAAUGAUGGCAAGUCCAAAGUCACCCACGUCAUGAUCCGCUGUCAGGAACUGAAAUAUGAUGUUGGUGGAGGAGAACGGUUCGACUCUCUGACAGAUCUCGUGGAGCAUUACAAGAAAAAUCCCAUGGUAGAAACAUUGGGCACAGUUCUACAGCUCAAGCAGCCCCUCAACACAACUCGCAUCAAUGCUGCUGAGAUAGAGAGCCGAGUUCGAGAAUUGAGCAAAUUAGCCGAGACCACAGAUAAAGUCAAACAAGGCUUUUGGGAAGAAUUUGAGACACUACAACAGCAGGAGUGCAAACUUCUCUAUAGCCGAAAAGAGGGCCAGAGGCAAGAAAAUAAAAACAAAAAUAGAUAUAAGAACAUCCUGCCCUUUGAUCAUACCAGGGUUGUCCUACACGACGGCGAUCCCAACGAGCCUGUGUCCGAUUACAUCAACGCCAAUAUUAUCAUGCCUGAAUUUGAAACCAAGUGCAACAAUUCAAAGCCCAAAAAGAGUUAUAUUGCCACACAAGGCUGCCUGCAGAAUACGGUGAAUGACUUCUGGCGGAUGGUGUUUCAAGAGAACUCCCGAGUGAUUGUCAUGACGACGAAAGAGGUGGAGAGAGGAAAGAGCAAAUGUGUCAAAUACUGGCCUGAUGAGUAUGCUCUGAAAGAAUACGGGGUCAUGCGCGUUAGGAACGUCAAAGAAAGCGCCGCCCAUGACUACACGCUAAGAGAACUUAAACUGUCCAAGGUUGGACAAGGGAAUACAGAGAGAACGGUCUGGCAGUACCACUUUCGGACCUGGCCGGACCACGGAGUGCCCAGUGACCCCGGGGGCGUGCUGGACUUCCUGGAGGAGGUGCACCAUAAGCAGGAGAGCAUCAUGGAUGCCGGGCCAGUGGUGGUGCACUGCAGCGCUGGGAUCGGCCGGACAGGGACGUUCAUCGUGAUCGACAUCCUCAUCGACAUCAUCCGCGAGAAGGGCGUCGACUGUGACAUUGACGUUCCCAAAACGAUUCAGAUGGUGCGCUCUCAGAGGUCAGGGAUGGUGCAGACGGAAGCACAGUACCGGUUCAUCUACAUGGCCGUCCAGCACUACAUCGAAACACUACAGCGCAGGAUCGAGGAGGAGCAGAAAAGCAAGAGGAAAGGUCACGAGUAUACAAAUAUUAAGUAUUCCCUCACGGACCAGGCGAGUGGAGACCAGAGCCCCCUCCCGCCUUGCACCCCAACACCAUCCUGUGCGGAGAUGAGAGAAGAUAAUGCUCGAGUCUAUGAAAACGUGGGUCUGAUGCAGCAGCAGAAAAGCUUCAGAUGAGAAGACCCACCAAGACUUCAGCACAGAAACAGAUGUGGACUUCACCCUCUCCAUGAAAAGAUCAAGAAUAGGUGCAAGAAAGUUUGCGUGAAGAAUGAACUUGAACCUCGAAGGCUUGCGCUGUGGUCGCCUCCCUUUCGAUGUGCAGAAUCUGAAACCAUUUGAAGACCACUGUAUUCUAACUCAGCAACACCCGAUCUCUACUCACUCAUUUCCUCAGAUAAAUCAUCUCUACAAUGUAGACAGUGUUAUAUUUUAUACAGUUUUCUUUUAAAUCGAGGAAGCAGUUAGAUUGUGCUCUGUACUUUGCAGAUGGUGGUGAUUCGAAUCCUAGUUACUGGCAUUUCUCUUUCUUUUUAUAACCUUAACAAAUUUAAUUUCACCUCCUCUUUAUGGGGGGGUGAUGGGGCACUUGUUAGAGGGAAAAUUAAGUGACAGCAUCCUGUAGAAGUGAAAACAGUUACAUUUAUCAUCACUUAUCCAGUCGUGGAUAAUCCAUUUUGAUGGCCUUUUUUUGGCUAAAUGAUAAUGAGGCCAGUGCCCCAGACUGUCUGAAGCUGACUGUCUCCCUUUGCAUUGCCAUUAGGAAAAUCAUGGGGGAAAAUCAUGGGAAUUCAGGAUCAAAGGCAUGCUUUUUUAUUAGCAGAUGACCAAUGACCAUUCAGCCUGUUGUGGGGAAACAUUUGCCAUAUAUAUAUAUAUAUAUUUUUUUUUUUUCAUUUGAGUACUGUCUUGUGUUUAGAAAAGAUGCAUCUGUGGAUAACCAGUGUUUGGGUUAUCAAUGGUUGCUGAAAACCACCCCAAAACAGAGUGGCUUAAGAUGAUUCUUUAUUUGUCUCCCACUGUUCAACCUGGACUGGGCUCAGCUGGGGGCUGUCCCUCUGCUCGUCUUGCUGGUGUCUCUCUUGCUGGUCAGCAGGUUGACUGUGACACUGGGUGGCUGGGCCCCUUCUCUGCAUGUGGUCCUCGGUCUCCUCCAUGUGCUCCCUCCAUGUGACCUUGCCAGCAGGGUCACUGGGCCUCUUAUGUCACAACUCAGAGCUCCCAAGAGUAUGAGGCAGUAGUGGUCAGGCCUGCUUACGACAACCCCAGAACCGUCAGAGUGUCACUUCUGCUGCCCUCUGUCGAGUAGAGGAAGUCACAAGCCCAACCCAGAUUCAGGAAGAGGAGAAUCCACCGGGCAUGAGGUGGAGGUGCAGUUCAUCGAGGUCCCCAGCCUAACAGACUGUCAAAACCAGUGCGGAGGAAGAAAACCAUUGUUAGCAGAAGUAGAAGCUGCUAGUGAGUGACCCUGGGAAGCUGACACUGCUUGCUGUAGCUGGUGUAAGCUGGAAGUCAGAGAGAGAGGGCCUUCUAGAAGCUUCCUGCACCAGACCUGCAAGCUCUGAGCAUCUUUUCUGAACCAUCAGUUGGGGAAACUGGUCUCGUGAGGAUGGAUGUGUCUGGGGGGGAGCAGAGCAUUCGAAAGCACCGCCUGUCACCGCGGCCCCCGCCGAGGGAGGUGUGGGUGGUGCUGUCGUCACUCCACUGAUUUCCGCCAGGCCACCACUCGGUCCUCAUGGGGCUGCCCGUCAGAUCGAAUCAGCAGUAAGGUUUGCUGACGUGCUACCUGAAGUGCCUUCUCCAAAAAACAGCCCUCUUUGCCCCGUGUGUUGAAUCAUCGCUCGGUGAGUGCAUUUCGAUGGAAGUCUCACUGGUUGACCCUGUGCAGAUGAUAAAGCUACGGCAGCUCUGCCAUGAAGGCAGUUUCCUUUCUGGAAUUCUCCUUGCUGUUGCUCCCGAGAGAACGGGCUAGAUCCAGCCCUGGUAGCAGUUCCCUCCUGAGUUCUUUACCUCCCUUGAAACCCGGAAACCCUUUGGGGUCACCAAUGGCUGCCAUUUUCACAGACGAAAUGUAUAGUGUCCCCCCGCUCCCCCCAUGACCCUAUUUUCCAUCCAUUGAACUUAGAAUUGUUUCAGAACACAGGUGUGGCCUGCAGGUGAUCACCUUGUAAGAGGAAUGUAAUGACCACUGUCCCCUCUCCAGGCCUGUCAAGAGAUUCAAGUUCUGUGUUUGCGUCAAGGACCGUGAAUCCUGUUCUUUCACUUUGUCAUAUUGGAUGGUUCUCCUCUUUGCUUCAAUUUCAUGGAAAUGUUUUUGACCCUGGACUUUGGCGGGGGGGGCGCCAAGUCUUUCACCAGCAUACAAGGGUCUGAUUGUAUAAAUAAUCCUCCCACUGCAUGAAGCCUCUGCCUGUCGCUUUGGAUCGGUGCUUUCUGCUCUUGGAAGGGGGACACCUGAUCUCGGCGAGCUCUCCGCGUGCCAGGACACUGAUUCGUUCAGAUCUCCCUCCAUGGCGUCCGCCAGCUGUCGCGCUAGGACGGGGUAUGCCAGGAUAAGAUUAUGAUGAUCCCGAGGUUGCUAAGGUUCGCUGUGUGUUUGGUCAAAGGGGAUUGCAGGUUCUCAGGUGAGAUUUCUCUCUGUGGGAUGGAAUCAGUCAGGUGAAGGUUGGGGGGAGCGCGAUGUGCGGGUUUAAAAAAUAGUGGAAAUGAAAGUUCCAAAGAGGUGGUUUCUGAGGCCGUCCAGGGGCCCAGGGCUGGAGCAGCCAGUAAUAGUCAAAAAGCAGGUUCCCUGGAAGACAGGUGUGAGAGAGACAUGUUUGGGAUGCUGGUGGACAUUAAAUUUGCACAAUACCCAUAGCUGGUUGGGGAUUUUAAAAUGAUAAGCAUAGGAUUUUAUAUUUGGGGUAAAGAAUGACCUGGCACGUGGCAUUUGUCUUUUUUUUUUUUAAAAAGUGAAAUUUCCGUCUUAAUAACUUUUAUAAAAAAUAAAAUAUAAAAAGACCUUCAUAUCCAGUGUGUGGCCCUCCUGAAAAUUAUGGUCAUCUAUCUGUUCCAUGGAAAUCAAUGACUUUUCAAAGGUGGUUAAAUGGGAUUGAGAAAAUUAUAUGUAUGACUUUCUCUGCAUUUUACAUUCUUUAAGGAGCCCCUUUGCUUUGGAAAAGCCAGGAAAGUUUUUUGGGGUUUUUUAGGGGCGAUUUUCCUGGGGAUUUUAAGAAUAAGAUAAGGCCUUGGGUUAUGUCUAGUCCGGGGGAACGCGGGAGGGUAUGCAGCUGCGAAGUGCUUUGCUGUAGCUAAUUAAUCCGCAGGGGGACUUAGACUAGACGUAAGUGCAAGCCCGGUGCAGUUUUCUGUAUGUUGUUGGGGGAAUAAAGUUUUCCAGAGCAAGCACAUGGCCUCCCUGAGUCGCCGAUGCCUUUGUUAGGACCUGUAGUAGCUCUCUAUUUUUUUGAGAAAUCUUCUCUCCUCUUCCUCUUGAAAAAUAAGUUCCAAAAUGUAGUUUCUUGCUCCUUCCCUCAUUCAAACAUCUGCUCUUUUACUCGCCACAGGCAGUUCGCACAAGGCAGCGCCGUUCAGCCGCUGGUUCCCGCGUGGUGUAUAACUUUGCUGUGUAUCAAACUAAUUUUUACAGGUUUCCGUCCUAAACCUCAUGUCAUGUAAUGAAUCACCCGCCUGUUUUAUUUAUGACCUAAUUGUGAUUCCUUUAUUAAUAAAAGCGAAUGGUAAAGGAUCCUCUAUUAAGCUGACGACUAGACCCAUACUUAAUUUUCCUGCAGCAUAUGAAGUAUUGUACCAGAGUAUUAAAAGAUAUGUAAUAUUUUAUUGAUAAAUCUAUCCUUUAAAAGGAAUACGUUUUAGGAUGUCAUCAUUUUGAUGUGAAAUCAUGUAAAUGUUGAUAAUAUGCACUGUUUAUUAUACAUUUAGUGUUUCAAGAGUUUCACUUAAUUGCCUUUUUGCCCACGUAUAUUAUGUAGUCUAUUUGCAAUUGUUUUUAAAGAAGUGACAUUAAGAGAAUAGUUUAGAGAAACAUUAGUGGAUGUUGUCUCCCCACCUGUAUUUAUGGGUGUUAGUUCAACCGCUUUGCUAGUUGCAGAGCCGUUACUACCAGAGUACAAGUGUAUUUGUAAACUGUAUGGGAACUAAAUUAGGAAUAAAACCAUUUUCUUAUAUGA